AGCUCGGCGAAAUGCGGGCUUGCCAAUGACAACAUUCCUGGCCGCACAGAUGAGAAUGGAAAACACUCGAAGCAAAACAUCGAUAGAUGUCUCUGUUUCUGCUAAAUUCUCGUGGCAAACGGGCACGAUGGGGAACAUAUUGAUUUGUCACCAACCUCUGCUCGGAAUGACUAUAAAUAAGACCAUGGACCGUCAGGAUGAGCGAAUCUCAGUCCAGAUCAACAGCACCAUAUCUCCUCCCCAAUUGCAGUCAUGAUCGCCGCUUCCUAUUUACUGUUAGCAUUGUCGGCUACUAGCUGGGCACUGCCUUCGCCUGCCGCAGCAGCCUGUCGAGACAUCAACAUCCCAGUCACCGUGGCCGCACCGCGUUUCCUCAUCAACACCACAAUCGACAACGACUGGGAUGCAGCGGCAUUGAUAUUCAACCUCACCCGACGCGACUCGGAUACAUCGGCGGAUCCGCUUCCAAUUGCCGGUUCCACGUCCACCGCCGUGGAGGGCAACUAUACCGUCGGAGCCACGCUUUGCGGAACCGGAGAGACCAUCCUAGUGCUCACGCACGGCAUCAUCGAAUCAAAAUUAUACUGGGACCCCACCUUCCCCAACGCAGAGAACUACAGCUUCGUCGACGCGGCCGUCGCAGCCGGGUACUCCGUGUUGAACUACGACCGAAUCGGCGUCGGCUCCUCAUCCAAAAUCAACGCACUCUACGACGCCCAAUUCCAAGUCGAGACCGCCGUCCUAAACACCCUGGUCUCCUACGCCCGCUCCCUGCCCCACACCACCAAAGUCGCGCUCAUCGGCCACAGCUACGGCGCCUACCUCUCUGCCGCAUCCGCCAGCCAAACCGCCGUCGACGCCCUCGUCCUCACCGGCUUCAGCGGCACAUUCGACUACUUCGGGCCCUUCCUCGCGGGCUCCAGCCUGCGUGUAGCCAAAACCCAGGACCCCACUCGCUGGGGAUCCCUGGACCCGGCCUACCUGAUCUCCGCGGACCAGUACGCUGAAGCAUACAUCUACUUCGCCGAGCCGUACUUCGAACAGUCUGUGGCUAGAUGGGCAUACGAAGUCUCAAGCGAGCCGUUCGCCGUCGGCGAGCUCCCGUCGUUGAUGGCCACGACGAUCGAUUUCUCGAACAUCACAGCCCCUGUUUAUAUCCUCCAGGGCCAGUUCGAUUUAUCGGCUUGUGGAGGGAAUUGUGUCGGGUUGAUCAAUGCUACUGCGGACACGUUUAAUGGUUCCGAGGUCGUGGAGUGGGUGGAUGAUUUGCCGGCUGGGCAUAGUCUUAAUCUGCAUCGGGUGGCUCCGACGGCGUUUCAGAUGGUUUUUGAGUUUCUUGGUAGACAGGGAGUUUAGCGUGGUAGUUAGUAUAAGAGUAACUCGUUAUGCAUAAUGUAUUAU